AUGGAUGGGCACGAGAAUGGUGAAGAAGAUCACGGGGUGCGAGAUUCUGUCCCUUGGGAGACUGUAUCACGUAUGUCGACGCAGACCAAGAGUCACUUUUAUCCCCAUACAAUCGAGUACGCAAGUGUCAGACAGGUGAAUGUGCCUGUGACAUAUGAGCUUCAACAACUUAUUUCUGCCAUCCAAGCUGAUUCUUCUGUGGGAAUUCGUCGAUUUGGUCCUUCUGAUACACAAGUACAUAUGGAACAUGUCUUCACAAAUGCCAUGAACAUGAUCACAGCGUCUGCCAAGGCAGGGACGCGACGAGUCUUUUUUAUCACAAAUCAAGACAACCCACAUACUGGGCCCGGGAAGCAACAGAUUCAAAAAGCAUGCAUUGAUCGUAUUCGCGAUUACUAUCGUCGAGGUAUUGAUUUGGAGCCGUUCUUUAUCAGUGCACCUGGUACUCCAUUCCAAAUAAACACAUUCUAUGCAGACAUACUGGGCGUGUAUGAUGAUGGCCUCCUAACAGACACGCUACGCCCGUGGCGUCUUCGUCAAUGGCAAGACCAAAAUGUGUCGAAAAGCGCUGCAUGGGACUCUGCAUCAAAAUUCGCAGAGCUCGAAGAACAAAUCAGCAGCCGUGAGGUGCCAAAGCGCGUCGUGUUUGAUGUGCUGUUGGAUCUUGGGCCUUUGUCUAAGACUAUAGCAAACUCGCCUGUCGACGAUUUACAUGCCAAAACGCCUCAAGCAUCGCGCUGGCGUAUUCAUGUCAAGGGGUACAAUGUCAUUUCCGAGGCGACGCGCGACCUACCGGUCAAAGUUACAUCUUACGGCCAAGAGGAUCCUUUUGACGUGUAUGAGAUUGUGAAUGUGGGCAAGCCAUGUGAGGCUGUGACAGGCGAGCCCGUCAGGCCUGAGGACACGGAGUCCGUUUUCCCGUUAUGUGACAGUGACUCUGCGCGUUCGUGUGUCUCCUUUUCUGACGCUGAGCUGAAGCAGAUCCGCCAAUUUGGAUGCAUUCCAGGAUUGCUUCUUCUCGGCUUCAAAGACCGCUCUACGCUGCAUUUUUACGAAAACACCAAACAUUCAUACUUCUUGUAUCCUUCGGACCUCGAGCAUCCCGGCAGUAAGUGUGCAUUUGCCGCUUUGCUUCACUCGAUGUUGUCGAAAAACAAGGUCGCUCUCACGCUAUUUAUGCCGCGUGAGAAUGCUGUACCGGCCUUUGCUGUGCUUCUGCCUCAAGCGGAGGAACUCGAUGCUAGCGGCCAUCAGUACCAACCUCCCGGCAUGCACCUCAUUGUGAUGCCCUUUAUCGAUGACAUCCGCGAGCCUCCAUCAUUGCAUGCUCUUUCUGCAAACUCGGAUGAACUCACGGCAUGA